UCAAAUAAAAGUGUUUAAACCCCGCAGUGAAGUGAUAAAAGUAAGCAAUAACAAUUACAACAGCGCUGUGUCCAACAAUCAGAGAGAAUACAGUUAUAAAAUUGUGUUGUGAAAUUAGAAAAGAGGCAAACAAUUGUGUGGUGUCAAUUUUAAAACAACAAAUAGAUUAGGCAACUCCAUGACACACGAUCUAAACAGCUAUAAGAGUAACAAUUAAGUAAAACAAAGUUUUGCACGAACUACAUUAGCCUGAAAAAAAAAAUAACCAACAGUAAAAAGUUUACGAUCACACUAAUAAAUUAAUAAAUAAAAAUAUUCAAACAAAAUAAAUAAAUAACACAAACACUUAAAGGCCUCACUUUUGGAGAACCCAUCCUACCUCAACUGUUGGCGUAUGUAUGCGCGGAGAGUUUGUAGAGAAGAUCGAGUGAGCGGUAAAUAAGUGUAGAAAAAACCGGAAAGUCGACAAGGGCAGACGGCGAAGGUGAAAGCGGAAAGUGAAAUUGAAAAAGCGCAGCAAAGGCAAAGUAGAAAAGAGUAGCAAAUAUACAGAAAUAAUAACAACACGGCAGCAAUCGUGUGGAGAGCGACAAAUUGCGCAGUCGGUACUAACGUCAUAACGUUGGGCGAAACAAAAAAAAAACUAAAAAAUAAAUAAUAAAAGAUCGCCAGCGACAAAAGCGCCUAACUACUGGAAACUGUUCCGUCAGUAAUAAAACAACAACAGUAGUUUGUCAAGCAGCACGAACGAUAGGUGAGUGUGCAGUGAAUUGUGAAAAAGCCAACGACAGCACAGUUAAACGCCGGCAGCGCCGAAAGUUUUGUGAGUUUUUUUUUUUUUUUUUUUGGUAUUGCACAGUCGUAUAAUAGACGAAGUGAGAGUUUAACGCGUGUGUACGAGGUGCUGAAAAACAAACGGAAACACAAAGAUAGCAUAGAUUUCGAAAUUCGAUUUCACAAAUUCAAAGUUCCAUUUCGCAAAUUCGAGAUUCAUUAAAACACUAGACACAGUGCAAAGUGUGACACGUGGUGUCUAAAAAAAACUAACCAAUAUUAAGAUUUGGAAAUUUCGAAAAUAACUUCGAAUUUUCGAAAUUCAAAAACGUACGAUUUUAUAAAGUUUGAUCAAUAAAUUUGAGUUUGAAACAACCAAAAGAGCAACAACAACUCAGCCGCAACAACCCGGUAGACAACUAUAAAGAGCCAGUUAUUAGUGAGUGUGCGCGUGUGUGUGGUAUUGUGCUUGAGUGAGUUUCAACGACGACAACAACAACAACAACAACAACAACAAGAACCGCUGCAAAGCGCAUCAUGGUGAAUACCAACAACACAGCAACGUUGGCUACAACAAACUCAACGGCAUCGACAACAGCAACAACAGCAACAACAGCUGCAGCAAUAACAACAAAUAGCACAACAUUGACCAAGGCAAAACAGCAACGACAAACGGUGGGUGUUGUUGUAGCAGCCGGCACCACAACAUGGGGUUCUAUUAGCAUCGCACAGCAAAAGCAACAACAGGAGCAACUGUUGCAAGAGCAAAAACAAAAAGAACAACAGAAAGAGCAGCAACAACAGCAAACUGAAGAACAGCCGGAAAAUAUUGAUGCUAAGAAAAAGAACAAACACAAGAAUCCGAAAAAGAAUGGCGUUGACAACAAACAGAACAAUGACAAUAAAGCCAAUACCAGCGGUGUUGGUAACAAAAAACAAAAUAACAACAAAAACAAAGUGCCGGCUAGUAGUGUAUUAAAAACAAAAACAACCGCUGCGCAGUGCUUAAGUAGCGACACAGGCGAUGAUAAGGAAAACGCCUGCGUUACAUCCACGCAGGAGGAGAACUGCGAAGACACGAAAACGGCAACCAACGCCAAUAAAAAUGGUAAAAUAGCUAGCGACAAACAACAGCAGCAAACGAUUGGUCGCAAUAAGAAAAACAACAAUAAUAGUAAUAGUAACAAUAACAACGCCAAAGGUCAAAACAGCAAAACAUUCACGAAUAGCAACAAUAAGAGCCAGUGGAAGCGUAUUGAAAAGCGUAACAGCGUCAUAUUUAGCACCAAUCACCAUUACAGCAACUACAACAAUAGCAACAGCAACAGCAACAGCAGCUAUAGUAACAACAGCAAGCAUAACAAAUAUCGCUUGUCAAAUUCCAAUACGCCCAGCAUCCUCACCGAUGACGAUGAUGAUUAUCGCGAUGAAAUCGCCGCCGACAUGACAGACACCGAUUCGGUACGAUCUCAUGAUUGGCAAGGGAAGAACUGCCGUCGUCGACAACAACAACAACAACAGCAAGCGAACGGAAAAAAACUUACCGCCGGUGAAUUAUUAGCUGCCGCCCUAAUGGUGCCCUGUAAGAAGUGUAACAAAGUGAAAGCACCAAAUAUGGCAAUGCUCGGUAGUGCGCAUCAAUAUCGCAAAUCUAAAUCGUAUAUGGGCGGCGGCGGUGAAAGUGGCAAUGGGACGGGUAGUGCUUCGGCGGCCGAGAGUUGGCUAAAUUUGAGUGGUAGUGGAGGUAAAAAUAGCGCCAAUCAUCGCUAUCAGCGCUCGCACAGCGAUCGUCGCACUUCAUUCGAUCGCAUUUUUGCCGAACGUAAUAAGGAUUUUGUGCCAAUUGUACAGCCCGCACGUCCUGUACUCGCAUCGUCGAACAUCGAACGCGUUCUUACCGAUACCGAGAAGAUGGUUAUCAUCGAACGUUUGGGAAAGGGACGCGUGACAUAUCCCAUAAUGCAGGUGAGUGAAUGA